AAUUGAUGGAAUUUUAAAAUGUUUCUCGUCAUCUCGUUAUUGUUUGUUAAUUUAGUUCGGGCAUCUGAAAAGCCUGUUAUUUUUCCAACGCAUUCCAUCAGCCAUGGUUCUCUCCAUCCACGCACGUUUUACCUGACAAACGAGCAAGAAAAUGAAGUUAUCAGAAGAGUUGUUUGUGAAGAUUUCGAUUGCCCAUUCUUCACAGUUGAAAGAGAUCAUCCCAACUUCAUGAGACCAUCCCAACUCCAACAGAGAAAUUAUAGGGAAUCAAAAUUCCUAUUCUCGUCCGACAGGCAAAAAUGCAAUGCAACCAAAACUCUAGAUUUAGCCAUGAGCAAACUUACUGCUUAUAGACAAGGAUCAAAUGCGCGUGAAAAAGUAUAUCCUGCAACUCAACCAGUUCUCGUUCAGAUUGACCAAUUUUCUACAGUUCGUUCCAGCAAUCCUUGGUGUCGAUUGACCUUCACUGCUGGGUUUUACACACCUCAUUAUUGGGGAAUCCCCGCUGCUCCUCUCGAAGCUUCGCUCAAAUUUCUCCAGCUUAAUGAAAAUUUUCCGGUUUUUGUCCAUACAUUUACCGGUUCCAUCGAACGUCAUUUACUUAAUGAGGUCGAAAUCUUUCGAGAAAAUUUAGAAAAACUUCAACUGUGUUACAAAUCAAUUAGGUUUUAUUUAGCCCUGUACGAUAUACCAGUUCUUAAAGAUGAUUCCCGACACGAAAUAUGGUUCGAAAAGUGUUAAAAAAUACAAAUUUCUGUACUAAUGAUGUCAUGUGAUAUAUUGUAUAUAUUAUCUACAAGGUUAUUUUUUGAAUUAAAAAGAUUUGUGUUUUUAAUUCAAACACAAAUCUUUUUAACCUUGAUAUAUAUGAAAAUGCUGGAAAUGUAUGUGAAAAUCUGGAGUUGAGAAGGGAUAUUUUAAAUAUUUUAAAGAAAGAUAAUUUUUCUAUAAUGUUUGUUAAAGGAAGUACUUCCUCUGAUUCAUAAAGAGAAGCAAUGUAGUUCCUUCAAAACUGAUAGUCAAGUGAGGCAUCAAACUCAACUAUCAGCCCAA